AUGGCUUCGGGUGAGUCGACCCCGUUGAAAGUCACACCAUACUUGAUAUGUACUGUACUCGUCGCGACCCUGGGUCCAUUCCAGUUUGGUUACCACCUGGCUGAACUGAAUGCCCCACAGGAAGUUAUAAGUUGCGAAAAGAAGAGUAUUGGUGCCAAUACUGCGUCUUACGGUCUUCCACAAUGUAUACCAAUGAACCCUUCACAGUUCGGUCUGAUCUCCUCGAUAUACACUCUUGGUGGUUUCAUUGGGGCUUUGCUGGCUGGACCUGUCUCGACCAAAUAUGGGCGCCGAAUCACACUUCAGGCCACGACAAUCUUUUUUGUCCUGGGGCCUAUCACUGAAGCUCUAGCAUCUUCGAUUCCUCUUCUAGCCCUAGGGCGGUUUGUGUCUGGCAUCGGCUGCGGUGCAGCCCUCGUGGUGAGCCCGAUAUAUGUCUCGGAGGUUGCUCCUCCCGCCUCCCGCGGUCUUUUUGGGGCAGUCACGCAAGUCAUGAUCAACGUGGGAAUUCUCUCCUCACAGGUGCUAGGAUUCUUCUGGAGUCAUGACAGCAUGUGGAGAUUGAUCCUUGCGGCGGCGAGUAUCGUGGGGGUACUAGAAUUCGUGGGCCUAUUCUUGUUGCCUGAAAGCCCGGUCUGGCUGGCAGACAAUCAUCAAAGAAGCCAAGCGCGCCGUGUCUUGCAACGUCUACGGGGAUCUGAUGCAGAUAUCGAAGCCGAAAUCGCAGCUUGGGGAGAUACCAGCCCUGCCCCCACGUCCGGCGAGCAAGAGUCUCUCCUUUCUCCCCCGUCUGACAACACAGUAUCAAAGCAAACGGCAGUGACUAUGCUUCGGGCUGUCCAGGACCCCUACUAUCGGCCUGCAAUCCUCGCCAUUGUUGCCUCCAUGCUCGCGCAACAAUUUACCGGGAUCAACAGUAUCGUGAUGUACAGUGUGUCUCUACUGCAAAGUAUUCUGCCCACCGGGGCUGCCCUUCUCACCAUUAUAACUUCCGUGAUUAAUCUCAUAGCUACACUCGCAUGCAUGCCUUUGCCCGAUCGCAUUGGCCGUAGGACUUGUCUACUGCUCAGUAUCAGUUGCAUUGGUUCAUGUUCGGUUCUCUUGGCGCUAGGGUUCGCGUUUCAGCAGAAGAUUGUCUCGGCAAUCGCCUUCCUACUCUUUGUGACCAGCUUUGCAAUGGGGCUAGGGCCAGUUCCCUUCAUGCUGUCAUCUGAGCUAGUUGGACCGGAGGCAGUUGGCGCAACUCAGAGCUGGGGGCUAUCCGUCAACUGGAUGGCUACAUUCGUGGUCGCACAAUUCUUCCCUGUGAUCAAUAAUACCCUGGGUGGCCAGGGCAGGGUGUACUGGAUCUUUGCAGCUAUGGCAGGAGUUCUGGGGGUCGUUCUUUAUCGGAUCCUUCCAGAGACCCGUGGCAAAGCUAAUGCUGAUGAAGUCUGGGGCCGAGUAGAGCGUCGGGAGGAUUAG